AUGAUGGAAUCUGGAGAUGAAGCAGAGAAGGAUGAUGUUGAGACUGGUGAAUAUGGCUCGGAUGAAGAUCCUGACAUUCUCUGUAUUCCUGAAGACACCGCUGAUGAUCCGGACCCGACAGAGCAAGAGAUAGCAGCUGAGGUGAUGUUUGCUGAAGAUUUUUUGUCCCAGUUUGGUGGGGAGGACGCAGUACUGGCUGGCAACCUCCAAAACGAUGUGCUGCGGGAAAUGAGUGCGUCUGGUUGGGAGGAUGUCACUGAACCAGACACCUACGACUAUCUCAUGACACCAUAUGAGCCCGUGAGCAAUACGGGGAGCUACCCAGGCCUCCGCCAAUGA